CGCACGAGAUUGUUUAGAGGUUGCCGAGAAACCUUUGCACGGCAAAGAUGGAGUCUUUCCGCUGAACGGACCGAAAUAACACUUAAUGUAACUUUCUUGCAACCGUUGUGUAUUGUUUGUGUGGCAGUUUAUGAUGAGUUUGUACCUUUAAUCGUGUAAAUUUAGUGUCCAUCCAAUUCCAGAAUGACUGAGGUCGAGAGAAGGCCAGAGGAAGUUGGUGAGAUUCUGGUGAAGGUGCAAGAAGAUCUGCACCAUCUGAAGGAGCAUCUGAUGCAGAAGAGCUUAUCCGAUGGACACAGGGAGCUGAUUGAUUUAACGGCGCUACAGAAUGCCAUUCAGAAAACUGAAGAUGGGAUCAAGGCCCAGUCAGAGAAAAUCAUUCAGGUUGUCAACAACCGAGUCACAACUCUGCCCUCGGUUGACGCUUCUUCAAAGGCCAAGACAAUGGAGCCGUCAUCUUUUUCUCAGGAGUCUGUGUUUGAUCUGAGUGGACUGGGAUCUGAUUUGCCUUUGAGAAGGAUCAGCAACAAAGGCUUAGCAGACAAGAAACUGGUGUCCCGCUACACUGCUGUUGAUCCACUGGGUGGUGGCGGGGGACCAUGUGGGCCAUCACCAGGCCAACAGGCAAAGUUACUGUAUAAUUUGAAAGCCAUACAAGAUCCUACCAGCACGCUGAAUAGAAAGGUUGUUAGCGACAACUAUGGCGUCUCCUUGCCCCUCAUAGUGGACAAAAGGCACAAGGUACCGACGCAAAAAGUAGUGAUGGGAUCCAACGUGGAACACUUAGCUGUCUUGCCCAAGGCCAACAGAGUAGACCCUCAGCUGAUCCCGCCUCCAAUCUCAGAGAAGGACGCCAGGAAGGGCAUUCUGAGCCUGAUGGAGCGGGGUCUGAUCCCGCCGGCUGCCGAGCUGACCCUUGACCCCAGCCCGGUCCGACAGAAGCUGCAGACCUUACACGACGCGCAGGACAAGAAGAACAUUCCCAAGGGCCCACCCCUGGGCUUUGGCGAUGGCAGUUUCAAUCUUGCCUCAGUCAAGCUGGACCUAGACCCUUACCCCAUGGAGCCCAUGCCCACUAGGCCCAUAGUAGCGCGUCGCCCAAGGUCAGCAAGCCUGGCUGAAUCACCCGAGCCUGCCUGGGUCUCGCCCAGGUCUGGUGCCACGUCGGCCAAGUCGGCCAGGUCACUGGUGCCUGUCAAGAAUAUGGAACCACUGCCCCCUCCCACCACCCCGGCCAGUGAGUUCAAGCACCUCCACCAUCGCUUCGCCAUCCAGCACGGCAGGCUACGGGAGUCCUCCAAGGACUUUGCUGCCUUCAAGCAGCAUUACUGCCUGUCUUGGGGCAACAUCGUCACCAUGCUCAGGCACCUAGAGAAACUCCUCGGUAACUACGCUGUGCCAUUGGCGUUCAUCAACGGUGACAAAUUGGCUGAUCUUGCUGUGGAGUUUGAGCUGGACAAACCCCCAACAACCAAAGCCCUCCUGGGCGUCAUCAUGAACAUCGACGACGUCAUGGCCCUCCUCAACCGCCCCGGCAGGCGGUUCCUGGGUCCCGAUGGGGAAGACGUGGCCGCGACCAAGAUCCAGUCCACGUGGCGACGGUACAAAGACCGGUCCCAGUACCUGGAGUACCGGCGCAAGAAGUGGGCGGCGGGGGUCAUCGCCAUCUCAUGGGUCAUGCACGUCAAGAUGGCUAUGGUGCGCAAGCAGCUGAAGGAGACCAGGAAGAUACAGCUGGAGGAGUUUCGCCGGAGGACAAAGGACUUUUCAGCCUCCUGGGAUCGCAUCCAGAGGAACCGUCGCGUUAUCGUCCACAUCCCCUCCUUGGGUUACUCUCAAAAGAUUAGAACCACCAUUGGAGACUUCAACAUUCAGCAAAACCAGCAGAUGGCUCGGCUGUGUGAUUUACAUGAUCCCAAUGUUGAAGUCAUCUAUGUUUCCCCGGUCAACAUCAACGACGAAACUCUGCAAUACUACAACAAGCUGCUGGGACUGAGACCGGCCGUGGAGAGUGGUAAUGUGGAGGAUCAGAGGGACAUGUCUGACCGCUUCAAGAUCAUCGUGCCUGAAGCUAUCAAUAGUUUCCCUACCCACAGCAUGUGCCUGUCCACGCUCUUGAAGUACAGCCCUCGAGCCCUGCAGAGAAUACAGAAUCUGACGGCUGGAAAGGAAGCCUACAUCGUACCAGGAGUCAUGCACAAAGAUGACUUAUCACUUGCGCAUGAAUUGAAUCUUCCGAUACUAGGCUGCGAGCCAGAGGUGUCCCAUCUAUACUCCACCAAGUCUGGCUCCAAGAGAAUCUUUGCCAGUGCUGAAGUGGACGUUCCACCUUCCGACUUUGAUGUCUAUAGUCUGGAACAGCUACAUGAGAGUCUUGCCCAGCUGGUAACAGACAACCUAGACGUCAAGCGCUACCUCUUCAAGCUAGAUGAUGAGUUUGAUGGGCGGGGCAUUGCCUACUGCGACAUCACCCCCCAUCUGAGGUGCCACAGCUGGGCCAAGAAGGAGGCGGCGCGAUACGGGGAGAAGUGGGCCAAAAAAUGGGCACAGGAACCAGCCUACAUCAAGAUAAGAGCCGAGGUGCCAGACAUUCUUGCCAACAACGCCACGCCUAUCAACAAGAAACUCUACUCCUCCUGGCCCAAGUUCCUGGAAGCAUUCCUCAGUCAGGGGGGUGUCAUAGAAGCCUGCCCGCCCUCUGACAGCGUAACAGCCAUCACAGUCAACAUCCUGAUCACCCCGGACGGCAAGGUGACCCUAGUCUCCUCGGGGGAUCAGAUCCACGCCCACAGCCCUUUCACCUGUUGGGGUCUGUCUGUCCCUCAGUCCUCCGUGGACCCCGGCCAGCUCAACCGGGCCUGCGCCAAGGUAGCCAAGAGCUGCCUGCAGCGUAGUGUCAUGGGAUACUUCGCUGUGGACUUUGUCACCUUCAUUGAUCCCAACACGAGAGACCAAAAGCUCUGGGCGGUGGACCUCAAUCUGUGGUACGAUGACACGGUCUCCACGACAGGCCUGAUGCUGUAUGUCUCAGGAGGAACCCUGAACAACAAGACCUGCGAGUUUCACGUACCGCCUCCCAAGAAGGAACGAAAGAAGAGCAUCAGGAGGAGAUAUGAGGAUCUAGAACCAGAAGAGCCUCCCAACACGAGUCGCUAUGCCGUCAUGAGUACCCGCCUGUUACACACCAAUCUAGCCGUAGUCCACUACAGCGUCUUCUUCCAGAUGUGUCGAGCUCACGGCAUCGGAUUUGACAUCAAGGAGAAGCAAGGCACGGCCUUCACCUUGAUUGACAGCUACAAGCGUGAGGGUAUCGGCAUGCUGACGGUAGGAGAGGAGCUGCAGGGAACGCUAGCGUCGUUUGCUCGUAACUUGUCGGUCAUCCAUCAAGAGAUAUCGGCGCCCAACAUGCAGGGACAGUCCAACUUUCAGGCUGCAAUCGAGGAUAUUGAAGGAAUCCUCGGAACCACAAUCCAAAAUAUGGAUCGGCCAGAGGACGAGGAAGCUAAAUAAUGCCAAGGAAAACCAGACAAACUUCUGGAAAAGUGUGGUGCAGAAGUGGAACCCCAGGAGGGAAACCCAUAGAAAUGCACAUGAACCCGUAUUGGAACCUACGUGGGACAGCGGAAAACCUACAUGGGAAACCCCUUUAUGCACAUGGAAACGUAUGUGGGGAAAAUGGAAACCUGCAUCGGAAAAUGGGAACUCAUUGAAAUCCAUUAGCUACGAUAGGAAAACUUAAAGGGAAACCCCCUUACAGGAAACCUAUGGGAAAAUUUAAACCUAGAUGGGAAAAACUGGAAACCUGCAUCGGAAAUGGAGCCGUAGAUGGGAACUCAUUUGAAUCCAAUAGCAAAUACAAUAGGAAAACCUACAUGGGAAACCCAUAUGCACAUGGAAACCUACAUGGGAAAAUUAAAACCUACAUGGAAAAAAUGGAAACCUGCAUCGGAAAUGGAGCCACAGAUAGGAAACCCAUUGGAAUCCAAUGGGAAAUCAGUUUUGGAAACAACAGCUAUAGGAAAACUGUGGAAGCCCAUCGGCACCGGUCCUGUAAUGCACCCUUCUUUUACUCUCAAAAGGUUAUGUAUGGUACUGAAAGGGUUCAUUUGUUCCAUAUAAUACAACCAUCCAAGCAAUCUGUAAUUGUAAAGUGACAAUGCAGUGGCAUUGCAGUGAAGUGUUGGUUCCGAUUUCAUUACUCGAACCUACCAGGCGUCUGGGGCAAUUGGUUCUGUCAAUUAUGCCAGAUUUCAUAUUCCGGCCUGUUUGUUUCAGCAAGAGCAUUUUGAUCAAAUUCUGUUUUAUGUACGGUAUAUAUAUAUAGAACAACUUGUGUAAAUUUAAUUUCUCGUCUUUCUGUGUACUAUAUAGUGAUAACUGUAUAUUUGUACAUACAGUGUACUAAUUUUUGUUGGUUGAAUCUUUAAUUGUACAAAUGAAGCUGUUAUCUUACUUGCAGGUGCAUUCCGUCCAUUUCUAUAAUAGUUGUAAAUAUAAAUUAUUUCUUUUGUAUAUUCUCUGUUCCUAUUAAUUAUUGCUAUGCACUUUCAAGUCACUCACAAUACCGUGUGCUCGAAAUUUUAUGUUGAUUUUUCAAAAAAUUGUACGCACAGUUGCUAGAGAUAAAAGUUCUCACCCAACCAAAGAACCAACAAUACAAUCGUUACAGCAUUGUAAAAUAAACACUUUACUUUCAGAGAGAAAAAUUGAGCUUUCCUCGGGCAAAAUAUGACCAGACUUCACAUGCAUAAUCAGAAUUAUUUUGCAGUUUGUAACAAACUGGGGAAGGGGCAAGCACUAAGGAAUUUCGUUUAUGCAUGUCUUAGACAUUUCAAAUAAUUAUAAUUUCACUUAAUAUUUUAUACACGGAAUAAAUGGUUUCUUCAGUAAAAAUGAGGUGGAUAGCUCAUAUCUUGUUCGCACUGCCGUCAUCUGUUAGGUGUUUUUGU